AUGGCUGAUGGGAUAGAUAUUCAAACACUUGUUAUCGACAACGGAACUGCACAAUCCAAGGCUGGGUUUGCUGGGGAUGAUGCUCCAAAGACUGUUUUCGAAAGUAUUGUUGGUCGUCCUCGUCAUACUGGCGUCAUGCUUGUUAUGGGACAAAAAGAUGCCUAUGUUGGUGAUGAAGCUUGGCGUAAUAGGGGUAUUUUGACUCUGAAAUAUCCCAUUGAACAUGGCAUGGUAAAAAACUGGGAUCAUAUGGAGAAAAUCUGGCAUCACAUAUUUUACAAUAAACUCCGUGUUGCUCCCGAGGAGCAUCCUGUUCUUCUGACGGAAGUACCACUUUACCCCAAAGUAAACCGGGAGAAAAUGACCGAAAUCAUGUUUGAGAAAUUCAAUGUUCCAUCCAUGUAUGUCGCAAUCCAGGCUGUUCUCUCUCUGUUUGCUAAUGGUCUCCUAACUGGCAUUGUGCUUAAUUCUGGUGAUGGUUCGACCCACAUGGUACCCAUCUAUGAGGGACAUGCACUUCCCCAUGCUAUCUCAUGGUUAGGUAUUGGUGGUCGUGAUCUUACUUAUUAUUUAUGGGAGCUUAUCAGAGAAGGUUUUGCAUGUAACGUAGCGAUACAAGAAAAUAUUAUUUGGAGUAUGAAGGAGACAAUUACUUAUGUUGCACUGGAUUUUGAACAGGAGAUUGAGAAGGCAAAAAACAGAUCUUCAGUUGACAAGGGCUUUGAGCUUCCUGAUGGACAACUCUUUUAUAUUGGUGCUGGGAGUUUCCAAUGUCCUGAAGUCCUAUUUCAGCCAUCAUUGGUCGGAAAGGGACCGACAGGAAUCCAUGAAAAAGUCUACAAUUCAAUCAUGAAAAGUGAUGUUGAUAUUAGGAAGGAUUUAUUUGCAAACAUUGUGCUUAGUGGUGGCUCAACUAUGUUUCCUGGCUUAGCAGAACGUAUGAGCAAGGACAUCACUGCUCUUGCUCCAAGGGGCAUGAAGAUCGAGGUGAUUGCACCACCUGAGAGGAAGUAUAGCACCUGGAUAGGAGGAUCAAUUCUAGCUUCCCUCAAUACUUUCAAAAGAAUGUUGAUAACGAAGGGAGAGUAUGAUGAAUAUGGUCCCUCAAUUGUCCACAAGCGGUGUUUCUAA